AUGCCGUGUCGUGCCAAAGCAAUUGUUGGGCCGCGCCGCGACCCUGCGCGGGCUGCGCGGCGGCCGCAGGAUGGAGGGCCGCCGGCCCGACGAGCCGCCCGCCCUCACUGGGGAGCUGGCGGGCCGCGCCGACGGGCCGCCUGGCCUCACCGACGAGCCGCCGAGCCGGGCUACGCGGCCGGCAGGCCUCACGGCGGGUGA